AUGAUUCUUAGUGCUUGCCUACGACGUAUCCCAUCGCCGGGUAUUUUUCGGGCGGUGCGCUAUCGUCCUUUCACUGUCAAGGCGAUUUAUUCGUCAUGCCCUGCUUCUCUAGCAUACGAUCGCCCGAGAUGUCGACCCAGCCUUUUUGACCACAAAGAGAACGAAAGCCGCCCACAUGAUUUGUACGACGAAGGAGUCAUCGUGGCUGACGACGGACUCGUCUAUCCUGGUGUGCGACAUGCGCGACCUGGGAUCACAAACGGCGCGGUCAUGUAUGCCGCUCCUACCUUGAUGAUGAAGGAGCUGACUUCGAUACCAUGA